GACGGCAGACUUUUGACGGUCACAUCUACUGAUGGUUACUGCUCCUUGAUUUACUUCAGUGAAGGCGAACUGGGUACUCCAUACACUGGACCUCUGAAGUCACGAACUGAUAAACCAUCCACUUCAACAGUGAAAGCCGAAGGUGAACAGGCAAAACCUAUCUCUUCGACAAAGAACGAUGAGGAGGACAAAUUAGCUACAAAACCAAGUGGAUUAAAACCCCUUCCCAAAGCGGUGGAGGAUUUGAAUCCACAGCGCCACAUCAGCUUCGGGCCAGAGGCUCAAGAGAAACCGCACAAGCCAAUUCCAGUCACUCCUAAUGCCGGUCGUUUCCUUACUCAACCCUUGCCAGCGUCGCCUUGUCCACCACCAUCUCUCACGACGCCACCCAUUGUUGUUCGUUCAAAGGCGACAGGUGAAAGGCGUGCUCUUCAACUGGUGACACUCACCGAGGACGUGUCAAAGCCCGCAGAACCUAAGGGUUUGCCGAAGACUACUGGAGAUGAGAAGAAAGGAGAGGAAAUGCCAGAAUGA